AAUGGUUCGCGUUGAUGUGUGUAUUAUAGUGUGUAUGGAUACAUGCGAUGCGCAUUAUUCCAUGACGCGCAGCUCGCGGCGAAUGUAGCGUGGAUGGAAGCCGCUCAUGUCUGAUGAAUGCGUAAAGAUGCGGAAUUAUCGAUGGUAGAGACGUUAAUUGUAGAGCUUGUGCCUGAAAUUUCAUCAUCCCUAAGCAGAACACUAUAGUGAGCGAAAACUAUGUUUUCCACUAGCACUCAAAGCAAGUGCUGGAUAUUUAAAGACGAGGGUCAAAUCUCAAGGCUCAGGAAAGCAGCAAAUGACAGAUUCAUCAACCGACAGCAAAAUGCGAACAGGUCUCCGGAUGACUUUCUUUCACCGGAAGAAGAGAGGACAAUCUACAAGCAUUACGAGUUCACCCUCCGAGAUUUCUGCAAAAAAUUUCAACCUCCUGUUCCCAGGAGCGUGAUCGGUACGUCGUUCCAUUACUUCAAGCGCUUCUACCUCAAUCACUCUGUGAUGGACUACCACCCUAAGCACAUGCUAGUGACCUGUGUUUACCUGGCCUGCAAAGUGGAGGAGUUCAAUGUUUCCAUUGCACAAUUUGUCAGCAAUGUGCGUGGAGACAGAGAAAAGGCCACAGACAUUAUCCUGAACAAUGAACUUCUGCUCAUGCAGCAAUUGAAGUACCAUCUCACCAUUCACAACCCUUAUAGGCCACUUGAAGGGCUCCUAAUAGAUCUCAAGACAAGGUGUUCUCAGUUUCCAGACCCGGAAAAGCUGAGGCUAUACAUGGAUGACUUCCUUGAGCGAACUCUCUUCACAGAUGCAAUGCUUCUCAUGGCACCAUCCCAGAUUGCCCUCACUGCUGUUCUGUAUGCUGCUAACAAAGCCCAGGCCAACUUUGAAACAUACAUAACAGACUUCCUGUUUGCUGGCAGCCCACGUGAGACGCUUCACCACAUCAAGGACACUGUCAAAAAGCUGUGGCUUAUGGUAAGAGCCAUCGAGGUGCCUCCAAAAGAGAAGGUACGCGCCUGUGAACAGAAGCUUGAGAAGUGUAGGAACCAGGAGAACAACCCAGACAGCCAAGUGUACAAACGCAAAAUGCAAGAUGGGCUAGAUGAUGAUCACCAGUCAAGCUCAAAAUAUGCCAGGACUUCGGAGGAGCACCGGCAAGUGGAUGAUUCAAUGGGAGGAUCAAGUGCCUUAGAAAGUUCCCCGUAGCGGCCUGUAGAUACAGAUGAUGGCCAAAAAUGAAGCUUUCUGCAAGCGUGGUUCAUCAUAAAAUGUAAUAUGUAUAUUUAA